AACCAGCUUUUGCUCAACAAUCUUGUUGGCAAACAUGCAGCGUAAGAGUAAGAUGGCACCGAACGGGAUGUCGAGAGGAAAAACUCCCCAGUUUCUCACUUUUGGGCUCCUUAUCGUCAUAUGUGUGCUAGCAUUCAAUUACUGGAAUGUUUCCUCGAGAAGUAAACUUCUCCAGAAGCAGGUGCAAGAGAUGACGUCUACUCUAGAGGAGCUGGCAAUGUCGAAAAUCCAUCUUGAGAAGCGCAGUGAGGCCUUACAAAUGCAGAUCACCGAAUCCAACCGGGUCAUCACCAGCUUCAAGCAGGAGAAGGAGUCCACGGACAUGCAGAGGCAGGAAUGCGUACAGGAGCUGGAGAGGAAACGCACCGAGAAUGAGGACCUGACCAACAACCUCAACGUCUGCCAAGAGCACAAGACCGACCUGGAGGACAAAUUUGCAAUAAAACAAGGCAAUUUAUCUUCCACAGCACGACUAUUACAAAUAUGCACAGAAAAGUAUGACAAGUUAGUCGAAGAAGAUGAUAUCAUUACGGCCAAUCGGCAAGAAGAGAUGAAUGGUCUUCGCUCCCAGCAAGGUGUUAUGGAAAGUAACUACCGGAGGUGUCAGGAAGAAAAGGAGGCCAUGAACAACUUGGUGAAUUCCAUGAAAGGAGAGGCCCAAAUGAGGCAGAUCGAACUCCAGAAAUGCAAAGAGGCCAUGCAGCAGUGCCAGAACAAUGUCCAAAACCUGCAGCAACAGCUACAGAUGACCAUGCAGCAGCAACAGCAGCAGGUGUUGGAUGUCAACCAGCAGCAGCCACAGCAACAGUUGACCGAACAGCAGCAACAGCAGCAACAGCAGCAGGUGGUAGAUGUCAACCAGCAGCAGCCACAGCAACAGUUGACCGAACAGCAGCAACAGCAGCAGGUGGUAGAUGCCAACCAGCAGCAGCUGCAGCAACAGUUGACAGAACAGCAGCAACAGCAGCAGGUGGUAGAUGCCAACCAGCAGCAGCCGCAGCAACAGUUGACAGAACAGCAGCAACAACAGUUGUAUCAGCAACAACAACAGCAAUAUGACCAGCAACAGGCACAACAGCUGCAACAGCCUGGCACUGGCCAGGGACAUGAACAGCAACAAGUAAGUAUGAACCUAGAUUUACAGCAACGCCAUCAGCAGCGCCUUCAAGCGUUCAAAGACAGACAACAGCAGCUGCACCAGCUGGUGCAAGAGCAUCAUGGCGACCAGCAAGAGUCCCAAGAACAGCAGCAGACAGCCGAUCAGCAACAGCAACAGGGAUACUCACAGAGUCCACCACAGCAACUUGAGCAGGAUCAACAGCAUGAGCAGCAGGUGGCAGAUCAGCAAUCACAGCAGCCGCCAUUGAGCUUAGAUCAACAGCUGCAGCAGCAGCAGCAGACGGCUAGUCAACAUCAGCAACUUGCAUCUCAGCACAGCCAACUACAGCAAGAACAGCAAGGACAGCAAGAGCACGUCCAUCAAGAUCAACCCUUUAAUGCAUCCCCUGUGGUUGUUGGGCUAGGAGGAAUCAGAAAUCAAACAUCUCUACAGAAUAAGGAAAGGUCUCGAGAACAACCCCAGCAGGUAAAAGGGCAAAGAGGAGGGGAGCAGAGGGACCAGUGGAAGGAGGAGACACGGCAGCAGGGUCUGCAUCACCAGCAAAGAACCUCGCCACCACUAAGACAGCAUUCUGGAGAGCAGCAGAAACAUGAAGGGCGGCAGCAGGAAAGGCAGGAGCAUUUAGACAAAGAAAAACUGCAGGAAGGACAGGAGCGGCACGCACAGCAGAAAACUGGCCAACAGGAGCAUAGAGGACAGCAACGGCAUGAUCAGAGUCUGCAGCAGGGACAACACAAUAUUGACCAGAAGAGGACGGAAGGACAACGUCAGAAAGAGGAGAAACAACAGCAACAAGAUAAUAAGCAACAGGCUCUUCAAAAUGUUAACCAGCAGCAAGAUGAGAAACGGAAGCAAGAACAGCAUGACAUUAACUCGCAGCAGCAAGAGGAGAAACAGAAGCAAGAACAGCACGACAUUAACUUGCAGCAGCAAGAGGAGAAACAACAGCAACAAGAUAACAAGCAACAGGCUCUUCAAAAUGUUAACCAGCAUCAAGAUGAAAUAAAACGAGAAAGUGAAAAAAAAGAGCGCCACCAUGAUGACCACAAGCAGCAGGGAGAGCUUCAGCAGCAGGAACAACGCAAUACUAGCCAGCAUCAAGAACAGCAGAAGCAGCAGCGAGGAGAGGCACACCAACAAGGCGGUGAACGGCAGGAAGAACACAAAACGCCAGAGCCGCAAGGCAAACAAGACCAUCAAGAGAAACAGCAACGGGAAAGUCAGCGCAAUGAUCAGCAACAGCACCUGUCCAAGCAGCAGCAACAACAUGUUGAGCCAGGCCAGCAGCGGCAAAACAAAUCCAUGGAUGUGCAGAACCAGCAGGCCUACAACCAGUACUUGCAGCAGCAAGCGCAGCAGCCGCAGCAGCCUGAAGCACUGGAUGAAGCUGCUCGGCAACGGUACAUCCAGGAGCAGCAAGAAUUGCUGCAGAAGGAGCAGCACCGGCAGCAGCUUGAACAACUGCAGCAGCAACAGGAACUGCAGGAGCCUGACAGCAACGAGAGAGGAGUUCCAUUGGAAGUUGACCGUCCGCAAGAAGCAGGGCAAGAUCGUCGGGAUCCAGGCCCUGUCAACAUGAUCGAGAAUGAGGUGGACCAGCAGAGACAAGAGGAGAAGACGCAGGAUGAAGCUGGGCAGAAAGUAGAGGAGGAGACUAAAGACAGAGAAGAGGAGGAAGAGAAUGUCGCACGCCAAGACGGUGGGGAAGAAGACAAUGGGGGACCGGCUUACCAGGAUGGAGAAGAUGGGGAGGAAGGCAAGAAAGGCCAGGAGAAUGAGGAGACCAGACAAGAGGACUUGGAGAAAGACAUGGAGCUGAGGAUGCAACGACUUAGACCACAGGGGGGUGAAGAGGACCGCCAAGGGGAACAAGAAGUGCUAAAACUGGCACAAGAUACUGCGUUAAUGCCAAGAGAAACUCGGAACAGUAUGUCAAAGGUCACACCAAAGCAUCAGGAUAACCCACUCACUGGCUACCUUGGCAUACAUGUGCCAGUCUUGACAGCCGAGCAUCAAGGGCUGACGUCAGAUGAAACAAAGGAGAAGAAUGCGGGAGGUGGAGUUAGCAAGGUGGCUAGGCCACACGGCCCUGCCGCUCUCCAGGAUAAUCCAGCACCCAUCCCAGCAGGGGGUGAGACAGCAGGCGAGGCAGCAGGUGAGGAGCAACAGGGCAGGGAUGACAAGGAAGUGGAAGACAGACGAGAGGAAGAGGAUGAACGGCAGCCAGAGUAUGGAGAUGACAGAGAGGAGGAUGAGGAGAGAGAUGCAGAAGAGCCAAAGGAAGGAGCCAACGUUCCUGUAGUGGACCAAGAUAUUCAGAUAGAAGGAGAUAAUGAAGAUGAGGAGGUAGGAAAUGAAAAGUGGGAAGUGGAACAAGAACAGCAGCAACAAGAAGAAGGGGAGGAAGAACUCGGGGAUCAUGCUGAGAAUCAGCUGGAUGAGAGACCAGCGCUCCAAAGACCAGCAUUCAUAUAUGAUCAGGAAACAGGGCGAGUGAAAGAAGAAGGCAGGGUGGAGGAUGCUGCCGGGCAUGGACGGGAUGAGGAAAAUGAUAAGAGGAGGGAGGAAGAGGAGCUUGGGGAUGCAGGCGAUGCGGACGGAGCUCCUCAAGGUGACGAGCAGCCAGUAGAUGGAGAGGAAGUAGAGCAGGAGGAUGCUUGGAAUGUGGAAGAGGAUGCUGGGAAUGUAGAGGAGGAUGCUGGGAAUGCAGAGGAGGAUGCUGGGAAUGUAGAGGAUGCUGAGAAUGUGGAAGAGGAGGAUGCUGGUAAUGAAGAGGAUGCGGUAGAGGCAGGGCCAGAUGACAAGCAAGAGGAUGAUCAGUUACAACUUGGAGAGGUGGAGAUCGAGACAGACAAUGAGCUGUCUUCCAAGGAAGCUGAUCGCAACAAACAGGACCAGGAUCAAGAGAACAAUGCCUACGAAAACAAGCAACAAGCAGCAGACUAUCCAGACCACGACAACAAUCAGGACAAUGGAAACGACCGAGGAGAUGCACCCAACAACGAUAUCCGACAUCACUACGAUGCUGGAGACGCUCAGGGCAAUGAGGCGGGCAGAGCCAAUGAGGUUUACGACGAGGGAGACCAUGUAUAGCGAGCCUGAAUGGGGGUCUGCUGUCUGUUGUAUUUCAAAGUUUGCAUGAAGUUUUCUCUUUACACUGAGGGUUGUCAUGUUUUUUCCUUUUCCACCCUUGUCAAAAUGUCAAAGGCAUAAAUAAAACAGGUCACACAUAACAGAACUAUUUAAGCUCAAUAACACAGUUCAAAACAGUGGAUGAGAAAGAAACUUGUGACUUUUCCUUGGACAUACACGUAAUGCCUCACUUCUUCCAGUUGAAAUUGGUGGAAUCACUCCACAGAUUCAAUGUCACAGAAAUAUUACACUUGGGGAAAAAAACAAAAAUGCAAGGCUUGUGUGAAACACAGAAAUUGCAAUAAUUGAUUAAAUUUUGGUGGUUGGGGUGUAAUUAGCAUGCAAUUUAGUUCAAGGAAGCCACUGUGACUUACUUCUUUUGUUUAAAAAUUAAACCAUACAAAUUAAUUUGAUUUUUUUCCCAUUUCAAAAAUUACUCAGCUACCAAAGGUAGAGAGUCAGAGAGCCAUGACUAGGCCCUCCCUACAUCAAGGGACAACGUCUUUUUUUAGGAAAGUAGGAUUUGUAUUGUGGGGAGAAAAACUUGUCUCUGUAACAUUUUAUUUUUAUUUUUUUUAUUAUUUAUUUCAGCAUGUGUGUGUUUCCCAUAACCUGGAAACAAGUAAGGUAGUAUGGGUGCUCUUGUGUGUGUAAAAACACAGAAGAAGUCUUAAUGACUUAUUGUUGAGAACUUAUUUAACUCAUUAUUUGUCAAUGAGUUUUUUAGACCUCAGAAAAGAAAGUGUCCCAUUUUGUUGGAAAGUUUUAUGACUGUCCACUGGAUGUAUACCUAUACUCUGAAGUGAGUAUCAUGAAAUGGCAAUGGUCAAUAUUUCCUGGUAAUAAAACUCCGAUCUGGCUUACACCCCCAUCUCCAAUGAAGCACCCAAAAUCAACACUGCUUUUUCAAUCAAAGUGUGGACUAAGAUUUUCCUAAGAUACUAAGAUUUUCCCAUAAUCAUAGAGGCCUGCGAUUGGCAUCCAAACUGUACUCUGACACAGGAGAGUGGGACAAGAUGCAUGCAAUAUCAGGUUGUGAGUGCGAGAUGUAUGUUAUUUACACUACAUUCCAUUGUUUUGAUAAGAUGAAUUGUUUUCAAAUUAUUGCUGUGUGACUUGUGUGUCAAGUGCCGUAUACCAUUAACACGCCAACAUGGUGCUGCCUAGCUUUUAUCUGUCUGCUGUAAAUUCAAAUGAAGUCGCAAGUUGUUUGCGUGAUGAUGUUUUGUCUAGUUUUACUGAGGCUAAGCCUGAAGAGGAGAGUUUGUAUAUGGGGGUUGCCCCCCCCCCCAGAUUGUUGUUUCUGUGUUGCUGAAAGCUUGGUCAUGGCAAACCCUGGUAGUUUCUUUUAAAGCUACUUAAGUGAGCAUUUUCUCUUAUUAGUCUGAGACACAGGCUCAUGUUUUUUUAGAAGGCUUUGUAAAAUCCAAAGAACAGGCAUGCUACUCCAAACUUCCUAUGAUGGCGUACAGUCAGUUCAUUGAAUUGGGGAAUUUUGAAGUCAAGUGAUUCCAAGUGAAGUGCCCAAGACCAGAGGGUGACCUUUAAAAAAAAAUUAACUUGAAUUUUUGUCAGAAUUAAAUAGUAACUGUUUUUAUUCAUAACAGUGCAAGUUUUCUGUCAAGUCAUACUUACAUUUUUUUAAUAUCCUCCCUUCUUGAAUUUUGGCGUGUAAAGUUAUUUUUCAUUAGUAACAAAUUCUCAGUUAAAGUUGGCCUGGUUUUCUUUUUAGUUUCCCUACCGAGGACCAGCAGUUUUGCAAGUGUACUCGGAUCUGAUAUGCCCAUUACAUACACUGAAGUUUAGUCUGCUGGCCACUUAUACGUGAAGUCCACCCUGUAUCAAAGCACACUCAACUGCGUAGUCCUGAUCACUCAAAACAUUUUAGUCACUGUACUGCACAUAAUUUGCCAAUCCACAGUGCUCAUGUUCCAAGUGUUGUAGCAAUGUCAUCGAUUUUGUUUCUAGCAAAUGGGCAUUGUGGCUUGACACGGGUCUGUGAACGCAGAGCCAAAUGUAAGUUUGAUAUGUAACUUACACUAACAAAUUCCGUCAAAAUGGAUUUAGGUUUAUCUCCACUCCAGACAGAAUCUUAUGAAUUCACUCAUUUUAGAUGCACCUCCAGGCUCGGUGCAGUGAUAUAUUCAGCCCAAAAAUGGCCAGUUACACAUGAAGUCAAAGCUGGAGAGAAAGCCUGAUUUGGAAAAGGGUCAAAUGCAAAGAUUUCAACCUAUCUGCCCUGUUCUCUGCCCCGAGCUGAAGUGCACCCUCACUGGCAAAAGAAAGACUUAUGGUACUAAGAUUUCCAACUGGGUUCUUGCACGUAUUCUGCGUGCACAUGAAGACCAUAUUGCAGCGUAUGCAGUGAAUGUGAGGAAACGUCUGUCAGUGUUAUUUCCACAUAUGCCCUCUUUUGUUCCUGUGCAGAGCGGAGAGUGCUGAUUGGCCAGUCCACAUGCAGCACUUUGGCAAGUGGGGACUGAUGCCAUAGUUGGAGCAUAUUAACAUCAUUUACUCUCACAAUCAAUAAUUGAAAUGCGGCGAUGAAACACAGUAUGAAGUGUGAUGUUUUACAUUUACAUGAGGCACGAACUGUUUGGUAUGGCAACCACAUAGCACCACACAUGAAGAAUCUAAGAUGUUACAGCAAACCACUCAACCGUUCCACUUAGUCUGUGCCAUUAUACUUGGCUGUUUGGAAAAAUCACUCAGAUUGGUAAAAAUUCAUCACCCAGUGUUUGCUUUUUUUUCCAUCAUGCAGAAUAUCUUCUGUCACUUGCUAUGUAAAUAAAUGGUCCUUAUGAUGUGAACUCUUGAUGACUACCCCGCUGGUUUCUGUGCAUUUUGUUGAGGUGGUCAGCUGCUUACCAGCUGCAGUAGGAGGCAGGGUAGUGUUCGGUUGCCAUAGUGACAGGUUAGAGGAGAGUCUCUUUGCUGCAGCAGCUGUUCCUUUAUUUCAUCUUCAGUUUUGUUACUUGUUUCUUUUAUGUAUAGUUUAACGUACUUUUUCUCUCUAAACCAAGAUGUACAUUUCUUUGAAUGUGAUGUAAGGCAAUAACAUUAAAAUUUUAAAGUGCUUAAUAGUUUUUUUAAAUCCAGUUGAAACAGAUGUGCUUGGUGUAACCUGCAGUGGGUUUUUUUUUGGUCAACUAUUCAUUUGUGUUAAGGUGUAGAGAGUCUGCCAUUUAAGUUAUUGUACCUUGUACCAAGAGAGUCAAUUGAACUUGGCAAAGGUUGGGAUAAAUAACUUUUCCGGUUGAUAUUUCUUCACAAGAGGUCACUCAAAUGAAUAUAUAAUGAGACAC